AUGAGCGUCGAAGAGCUGCAGUCCAUUGGCUCGGGCGAUGACAGAUCCCGCGAGUCGAGCUUGGCGAGUCUAGCGGAUGACCUCACGAAGAGGAGCUCCGUUCACCAUCGCCUGGGGUUCGGUCUGGACAGGGCGCUGGCACACCUACACGGGAAGCUCGAUGGUGACGGCGUGCCGACGGCCGCCUCCCCGGCGGCGGCUGCGAACGAGAGCGGCGGCAGCCAGUUCCUCUCGACCGCGGCGGCGACGGCAUCGGGUGCUGCAAGCGGGUUCGGGUCGUUUCGGGUUCCCAUUCAAAAGGAGAACGACAGCGCCGAUCGAAAGCUAUCUUCCUUGGCGGAAGGCGCGGGGGAUGCUGAAGACGACCGGGGACAACAGGGACAACCGCCUGCUGCUGCCGUUUCCGAUGCCCCGAUCUUGCAGGCGCGAGUCCAGAUCCCCGACUCCGCCUCGAACACAGAGCUGGACCGGCGCCAGUGGCUCAAGCAGCAGUCCAAGUCCAGGCGGCGGAGGCAGCAGCGCGGCUCCGUCUCCCGCUCGUCGUACGACUCGGAAGUCUCCUCCCUGGCCGGCGACGACUCCGACACCUCUUCCGUCGCGUCCACCUCUUCCCGCCUCUCGAUCGUGUCCACGCCCGAGAUCUCCGGGCGGAAAUGGAAGACGAGGCAGCAGCAGCAGCAGCAGAUGCCGCAGCAGCGCAGGUCCAGCAGCCUCAGGUCUUCCGUCGGGCGACCCGCUGCCACCCCCGUGGUAGGGUCGCCCGGCAGCAGCGUUAGCGGCGGCGGCAGCAGCAUUAGCGGCGGCGGCGGCGGCAGCCGGCGUUCCUCCUGGUCGACGGCGUCCAUGUCGGCGGUGGGCACGCGGCCCCGGGGCACCCUCACGCGGACCAACUCUUCUUCCUCGCUGUCGUCGGAGCUGUCGAUGACGCUGCUGCGGUGGUGCGCCGUGUGCGAGGCCGAGUUCACGCAGCUGCGCCGCCCGCACCGGUGCCGCCGGUGCCUCGAGCCGGUCUGCGCGCCGUGCUCGCCUGCGCGCCUGCCCGUGCCCGGCGCCGGUAGCCUGGAGCUCAAGCGCACCUGCAAGCUCUGCGUCGGGGACGACGCCGCCGCGGCGCCGCUGGUCGGUGCCGCGGCUCCUUCCCGCCGCCCGAACGCGGUCGGCGCGGCGGCGGCACCGUCUCCCCGCGUCGCCCGCAUCACGAAGCGCCGCUCGGCGAGCAUGGGUAGCGCCGCUCGAGCCCCCGUCGGGAUCCUCUCGAAACCUGUCUACGUGGAUACGGCCGGUUUGAAUCCGGCGGCGGCGGCGGCGGCGGCAUCGUCCGCCGGUCCCGCGGACAAGGCUGCGGGUGCUGCUGUAGAACCAGAGGAGGCAGUGGGCGUCUCGGGUACGGGUGGCGGUGGCGGUAGCGAGAGCGGUACCCCGGCGGCAUCUUUCGUUCCCACGGGCAAGGCUAGAGGCACUCCGGAACCGAAGCCACAAGCCAGCGGGGGCAGCACCCCUCGAUCCCGGUUCGGGGUCCUCUCCAGGGUUGCCUCCGUCGUUACGGCCGGGCUGUAUCCGGCGGCGGCAUCAUCAUCCCCCAGUCCCGCGGGCAAGGCUGGAGAUACCGCUGCUGUAGAACCCGAGGCAGUGGGCGUUGUGGGCAAGGAUCGCGGUGACGGCAGCGAGAGCGGUAUGCCGGCGGCAUCGUCCCCCGGUCCCGCGGACAAGGCUGGAGAUGCUGCUGCUGUGGAACCGAAGGCACAAGCCAGCGUGGACGUCGCUGGAGGUGAUGGAAGCGAGAACGGUAUGCCGGCGGCAUCGUCCCCCGGUCCCGUGGACAAGGCUGGAGACGCUGCUGCUGUAGAACCAAAGGUAGAAGCCAGCGUGGGCGUCGUCUCGGGAAAGGACGGUGGCGAGAGCGGGGACAACGCCGGCACGGAUGACGAUGAAGAAGAAGAGUUCUUCCUUGCGGCCGACGACGUCGAAGCCGACGGCGGUGGUGGUGGCGCAACGCCGCCACCUCGCGCUGCUUCUCCUCUUGAGGGCGACCGCGCCGCCGCGCCGCCGCCGCUGUUGGCGCCGAAGGGAGACGACUACGGGGCGAGUGAAACGGCGGGGACACCUGGCGCUGCAGGGAGCCCCGCGGCGGCGGCGGCGGCGGCGGCGGGCGAACUCGACGCGGCGGGAAGCUCCCCGGUUGCUCCGCCCGAGGAGGACGGCGCGGCAGACGCCGGGGGAAGAGGCGUGUCGCUGCGGCUGCCGCCGACCGCACCAGGGUCCCGUUCCCAGGCGGUGGAGCCAACCGCGAGCGACCCCCUGCACGAGAUUUUCGCUCCGCGGGAAAACUCGGGGGCCUACGCGGACGCGAUGGAGGAGGAGGAGGAGGAGAUGGAGGAGGAGGAGACGCUGGCUUUGGAACUGCGGGCGGCUGGCGGAGAAGGACCGGCGGCGAGUGCAGCCGUUGCCUCGGAGGCCGCGGAGGAUGGUAAACCCGCUGGCACCGGAUUGGCCGCCGCCGCCGCUAUCGCGGAAGAUGCCGCCGUCGCCGGCGUCGAUGGCGCAGAGAAUGCCUCCACGGUGACAGCAGCACCCCUCGCUGAUGCAGUGGACAGCGAGCCCAUUACUGUUGGGAUCGCCGCCGAGGAGUUGGGCGAUUCGGCUGUCGCCGGUGUGAGCAGUCCUCCUCCGGUGGACGUGGACGUGCACGCUCCGUUGGCCGACUCAGACGUGGUGCCUUCGAUAGGGGCGCGUGCGCUCGCAGGCGCCGACGGUGCGGCGUCUGUGGACCCUACAAGCGGCGCUUCUGGACCGGACGAGGCUUCGUCCGAGCUUGGGGGGGGUGCUUCCGGCGAGGACUCCCUCCCUGUCGCAGUCGCGGACGCUGGAGUCGGAGGCACUGCGGAUGUGGCGUUGUUGGGGGCCAACGGUGCCGCCCCCGUAGUAGGUCCGUCGGGCGACGAACCACAUGAUGUCGAGGUUCCCUCUGGAGGCGUGGACGCCAGCCCGUCCGUGGCGGACGAGCCCUCCGUUUCGGUGGUCGGGAAGGCGUCGCCGCACGGGAAGACGGAGGCCUUGGGUGACGACGGGGUCGUGGCCCCGCCCUCCCUGCCUGGAGGCGUUUCCACGUCCGUCGGCGGCGGCGACGCCCUGCCCGACGCCGUUGUUGCUUCCGGUGAGGUCUCCGCGCUGCCCGACGGCAGCGGCGCUACCGGCUCUGCACCCGAGGGCUCCACCGCAGAAGUCGUCAUUCCCGUGACUCCUGGCGUCGACACCGAGUCGCCUGACGGGCCUGGGAGUGUUGGUGCCGCGCCUGAUGUGAGCGUCUCGGCGUCGCCCGCGGCCGUUGCCGCUAGCCUGGACGCGACCUCGGGCAACUCCGUCACGGAAGCGCCGGCACCCGGUGGUGGGUCCGCACCUGAGGUUUCAGAUGAUUCUGCUGUGCCCCCCGCUAGCGGUGUGUCGGGCGCAGGGGAGGGUGUCGAGCUCCCGGGAGGAACGGCCGUGCUGCCGGUAGACGUUUCCGGCGGUGACGACGACAACCACGAGCCUUCGGUCGACUCUACCAGCCAGAUGGCGGCGAUACGGGACACACUGACCACACCCUCCUCCGUCAUCGAGGUUAGCACUUCGGAUCCCGCCACCGCCGCCGCCGCCGCCGCCGCCGAUGUACCCCCGGGCGACGCGAUCGCGACAAUGCCGCCGGGCAUGAGUGAUGUCGAGGGCGGUGACGCCCCCCCCGUCGCUGGACUCGCUGCUGCGAGUAGCGCCGCCGCGGCGGUCGGCAAUGACGAGGUGUUUGGUUCCCAUAUCUUCCUGUUGCACCUUCUUUGGCAUCCAGGGUCCUGA